CCUAGCUCUCCCGUUUCUCCCGGUUAAUAAAAAAAAAAAAAAAGGAAGCACUUUUUUUUUUUUUUUGCUUUUUAUUAAUUUCCGCUGAAUUGAACAAAUUACUUUUGGGAAUUUUCGAUUGUUUGAUUUAGGGAUCCGAUUCGCAGUCCGAUUUACCGAAACCCUAAUUUUUGAUUUUGUGAUUGUGGAGAGAGACUUAUAAAAGGUCCUUAAGAGAGACUCGAUUUCGUCUGAUAAAGUGAUGCAGAUCUGAACAAUGUUUCUUUGCGUGUAUGAUGGAAUUUGAGACCUGGUGGCUUUUGAUUUUGGGUUUUGGUUCGAGGUGGCUUUCAUGGAAAAUAGACUAGGUAACUCUAAUGGAGUGGGAAUUUCGAAGAAAUCCAGGUCCUUAGAUCUUAAGACGCUCUAUAAGUCUAGCAUUUCCAAGGAUUCAGUGAAUAAGAGCUUUAAAAGGAAGAAUAGGUCUGGGGAUGAUGCUGAUCGGUUGAAGCAGGACAAGAAGAGUAGGAAAGUUGUUUCUUUAAGUAGCUUUAAGAAAGUUGAUACCGGAAACGACAACAUUCUGGACAAGGCGUGCAAUGGCACCACCGUAUUGCACAGUUUGGAGGACUCCAAGAUGGGUUUGGACGAGAAAUUGUGUGACUCUAGUGGGCUUCAAGGGAUUUCUGUUGGUUUGGCUGGUAGUACGAUUUAUGUUCCUAGACGCAGGAGAGAUUUUGUUGGGAGGAGUAGGUUUGAGAAUGGCCUAGUACACAAGUCUGCAGGGGAAUCUGAUAGUCAGGAGGAGCUGGUUGAUAAUAAUAUCCCUAAGGAGAUUGGUGAAGAAUCUAGUGCUCAGCAUCAACUCUCUAAUGUUGAAGAGAAAGACUCUGACAAAGAAAUCAAAGAAUCUAAUUCAGCAGCUCCGUUGCAGUUGGAAAAUGGGCAUUCUAAUCAGUCUCCAGUGAAAGAUGACCAGUUGGUUGUUGUUAAACAAAAAAAUAGUAAUAGCAGAAAAAGGAAGUCCUCAACAUCAAACAAACGCGUGGGAAAAGAGGCCAAGUCUUCUCCAGGUGAUACUUCUGGCAGAAUAUCCAAGGUAUCACCACGAGAAGACGAUGAGGAGAAUCUUGAAGCUAAUGCAGCAAGAAUGCUGUCUUCGCGGUUUGAUCCAAACUGCACUCAGUUUCCUUCAAAUUCUGUUACUCCUGGUUCACCAUCUGCCAAUAGAUUGCAUCCAUCAACUUCUGGUAAAAAUUCAGCUAAUCCUCGGUCUGAGUUGCUUAGUUCCAAAUGUGUCUCAGAUGACACUGAUGAUAGAAUGUUGCGACCAAGGAGAAAGCAUGAUGAAAAGGGUAAAGUUCGGAAAAGGCGCCACUUUUAUGAAGUAUUGUUUUCAGAUGUGGAUUCAAACUGGUUGUUAAACAAAAAGAUAAAAGUUUUCUGGCCUUUGGAUGAGAGUUGGUAUCAUGGGUUUGUGGAUGGUUUUGAUGGUGACAAGAACCUACAUCAUGUUAAAUAUGAUGAUCGUGAUGAGGAGUGGAUUAACUUACAAGGUGAAAGAUUCAAAAUUCUGUUGUUCCCUACUGAAGUUCCUGGAAAAAAUCAACAGAAAAGGCGUGGUUCAGGGUCCAAGUCUACUCUGAAAAUAAAAGGGAAUGAUACAUCCAGCAAAGAUGAGGAGAAGCAGAAAGGAAAUCUAGAAGAUGAUAGUUGCAUGGAAUCAGAACCAAUCAUCACAUGGUUAACUCGAUCUAGGCAUCGGGACAAAUCUUCCACUCCUAAGGCUGUACAAAAACCGAAAAAAUCGGAAGUAAUGACAGCUUUGGAAACUGCGAAAAUGGAUGGGGAUGUUGUUAGAGACGCUGCAGGACACACAGAUAGAUCUACUAGUUCUCCUGCAUCAUGUGAAUCACCUGGAACAAGUAGGAACGAGUUGGAAAGCUCUGGUUUUCGUAAUGGUAGCAUAUUUCCUAUUGUCUACUGUAGGAGACGACUUCAUACAGUAAAAAAAGGAAUCUACAAGGGGUCAGCUGAGAAUAAUGUCGAGGUUUUGAAGCACCUUCAUGUAUUACGAACUCCGGAUCCUGAUAUUGAGUUUAUGCCUAUUGAAGAUUCGGGGGAUCUGGAACUUUAUUGUCCAUGGAAUGACACAGAGCAAUUUGAGUUGUCCCUCAGCCAACAGGUUGUGUCCUUGAUGAACUACUCUCUUAUGACGGAUGUUGACUGGCUUUCACGUGUUGCUCUUUUGCUUCGUCAUGGUACACUUGUGACUUUGUGGCCAAGGGUUUGUUUGGAAAUGAUAUUCCUAAAUAACAAAGAUGGUUUACAAUAUCUUAUUUUCGAAGGCUGCUUAAUGGAAGUUGUUCAAUUGAUUUUCCGUAUCUUGAUGGUAGUAGAUCAUUCUAAUAAGCAAGGAGCACAAGCAAUGGAUGCUGACUUGCAGUUGCCAGUUUUCUCAAUUGGUCUCCAAGUUUCUUGCAUCCCUGGUUUCCAAAGGCAACUUGCUUAUCUAUUCUACAGUUUCCAUGAAGUGAAACAUUCGAAGUGGUCAUACUUGGAACGGAAUGUCAGGAGGCAUGCUUUGCUGGUUAAGCAAGUACCAAUUUCAGAGUGUACACAUGAUAACGUGAAGGUCCUGCAGAAGGUCAUGAAGAAGAGAUCUAGGUGUGGAAUCAGCUCAGGCCUUGUUUCUAGAGAAUCGUCAUCUGCUAAAGCCUGCCCCACAGCUGUUUGCUACAAGAAGCAAAAUACGUCUCCAUUUGCACUUCCUUUUACUGCUCGGCCACCUACACUCUUACUCAGUUUACACCUGAACAUGAUAAGAGAGCUGGGUCAUGAUGCAGCAGACUUCCUGGGAUCAGAAUGUGAUUUGGUAACAAAUGGAGGUAGUGAUAUGGCAGAUUGUACAAAUGAACAUUCUGAACCUUCUCUCAAGAGUAAAGGCCAAAAUGGUGAACCAAUUAUCACUUCGUCCAGAGGGAAAGAAGCGCAAGAGUCAAAAGACAUUCAUACUCCAUCUCAGAUGCAGUCGCUGGGGUCUGAUUCUGAAAACUGGAUUUUGGCAAAUGGACCUAAGAAACGACGUACCCAAGUGUCUUAUUCAUUGCCUUCGGGGGGUUCUGAUUCUAAAAACAAAGGCUCCCUGCACAAGGGGCUACCGAACAAAAGAAUUAGAAGGUCUGCUACUGAUGUUUCCAGAAGUAUUCAGAAAGAUUUGGAGUCUAGUUUCUGUGAUGCCAAUGUGUUAGUCACUCUUGGUGACAGAGGCUGGAGAGAAUAUGGAGCUCAGAUUGUCCUGGAACCUUUUGAUAAUAAUGAAUGGAGACUUGCGGUGAAAAUGUCAGGGACAACGAAAUACUCACACAGGGCACAUCAGUUUCUGCAACCUGGGUCGGUAAAUAGGUUUACACAUGCUAUGAUGUGGAAAGGUGGAAAAGAUUGGAUCUUGGAGUUCCCUGAUAGGGGACAGUGGUCUCUUUUUAAAGAGAUGCAUGAAGAGUGCUACAGUAGAAACAGUCGGGCUGCUUUAGUUAGAAAUAUUCCUAUUCCUGGCAUCCGCAUGAUAGAAAAGGAACAUUUUGAUGGAGCAGAGACUGAAUUUAUUCGCAGUUCUUCUAAAUAUUAUCGGCAGACUGAAACUGAUGUUGAGAUGGCAUUGAAUCCUUCACGUGUUUUGUAUGACAUGGACAGCGAUGAUGAGCAGUGCCUUUUGAGAAUUCGUGAGUGUUCGGAAGCUGAGAAUAGUGGCUCUUGUGAGAUCACUGAGGACAUGUUUGAGAAGGCUAUGGACAUGUUUGAGAAGGCUUCAUAUGUAAAGCAGCGUGAUCACUUUACAUUAGUGGAAAUUCAAGAAUUGAUGGCUGGAGUUGGAUCCUUGGAAGCAAUGCAAACAUUAUAUGAGCUUUGGAGAUUAAAGAGGCAGAGGAAGGGAAUGCCAUUAAUCAGGCAUCUUCAGCCACCUCUGUGGGAAAAAUACCAACGAGAGCUCAAAGACUGGGAGUUGGUUAUGAGCAAAGCAAACACACCAAAUACCUGUGGGUUACAGAAGAAACAGUCACUUAUUGAGAAGCCAGCGAUGUUUGCUUUCUGUUUUAAGCCUCGAGGCUUGGAAGUCAAACACAGGGGAACGAAGCACAGGUCACAGAAGAAACUCUCGGUUUAUGCUCCACAUAGUUCUGCUUUGGGAGAUUAUGAUGUUUAUAAUUCGUCAGGAAGAAGAUCUGUUGGUUUUGCAUCUGGAGAUGGGAGGUUUUUAUAUUCAAAUCAAAGCUCUGAGCACGUGAAUGAAUAUCCUAUGCAUCCUGUAUUUCCGGGAACAUAUUCCCCCCGUGAACUAGGCAUGGGAUAUUUCUCGAGCGGUGGAAAUGGAUAUCAUAGGAAUCACCAAAACAAGUUGCAAAGAACCAAUGGGAAGAGGAACACUAGUGAACGAUGGGAUGCAGGCUAUUCUGAAUGGCCCAGUUCCAAUCAUCUCUGUUACUCCAACGGAUCUCAGCGUCUUGAUCUGGAAGAAUUACAGAAUAGUACAGACGUUGAUGAGUACAAACUGCGAGAUGCUGCUGGUGCUGCAAGGCGUGCAUGCGCUUUGGCAAAGCUCAAGCGAGAAAGAGCAGAGAAUUUGCGGUACAAAGCAGAUCUAGCGAUCCAGAAAGCUGCAGCUGCUGUCAUGUGUGCAGAGGCAGUUAAAGCUUCUUCUGGGGACCUAAGCAACAAUGUGUUAGAAAGCUCAAGCGAAGGAUGAGUCGAUAGAUACCACUUCUGUUAGUGUGGGUUUUGUCACCUCUUGAGUAAAAGAAGAGAGAGAGGGAUUCGACAUGUCCUGUUCGUCAUUCGUCACACGAGCUGGUCUUAACACAAUUUAACAACGACCCAGAUGAGCUCUACUGUACAGAAAUUGCCUCCCUCCGCUUUAAGUAAGCUAUAUUUUGAUGCAGCAAUAACACCGAACUGGACUCUGAAACUUGAUCUCAUGUACCCAUCCGGCUGGGAACGUUCUUAGUAGUUAAGAAGAGACAAAAAUGAGGAGAUGGUUAAAAAAAAAAGAAAGAGGAGAUUUGUAAGUAAUUUGGUUUAUUAGCUUCUUUUGGUAGAGAGAUUUAGUUUGAGCAAAAUGAUUCUUCUGCUGCAAGUAUUUUGCGGUUCUCUU